AUGGGCCAGGACACCAAUAGCGGCCUUUACGGCAAGUCGGAGGCCAAUGAUGCCCAGCACAGGCGCGGUUAUCAGGCCUGUGAUCCAUGCCGCAAACGCAAGGUCAAGUGCGACCUAGGAAGUGUCGACAAUCCUCGUCCCCCUCCUUGCGUUCGAUGCCGGCGCGAAAGCAAACGAUGUGAAUUUUCAGCCACUCGCCGCAAGCGCAAGACAUCUAGUGCUGCAGAGGACGAUGAAAUCGAGGCCGAACCCAUUCUUCACCGCGACAAGCGGAUGAUGAUUGGCGAGGUAGCCAAGAAUGAAAGUCCCAGUGAACGUGCCCCAUUUGCGCCCUCUGAAGCACCUCAAUUUGACCAUGAAGCCGUGCGUUCCAGACAAAGAUGGUCCGAGGCUCCCCCCGCACCUCCUCCCCAGAGGUACACGCCAAGUGCCCCAAUAUCACGAGCUCCCACGUACCCUGUCAGCGAGCGCACCGCCCCCUCCAGCUAUGGAGGACCUGCGAUGAUGAAUAGGACUGCAGUGGAAUUACUGUCGCCCGCAAUUACAAAUACCCACGACGCAUUACAUCUACUUUCUGAAGCAGCAGGUAGAACAGAGGAUCUCAACCGCCAGAGCCUUGAGAAUCGCUUCGCUGCUCGGCGGUCCGUCUCAUCCUUCAACUCAGGGCCUUCACCCUUACCACAAGGUAGCUCACCUCGGAGCAUGGGCGGAUCAUUUGUACGGACCCCUCGAUCAGGGAUGUCCAUGGGCGGCUCUACCUAUUACCCCGCUGGAGCUACAGGACCCGUAGAUCCUCAGAUUUCCGACCCUGGCCCUCAAAGAGAAAGCCCAGUCAACAUUCCUCCCUCAGAACCGGCAUAUCUCGACGCAAUCCGAGCCUGGUCGCGAUUGCGAUUUGUCCGUGCCGGAUGGCUUACAGUAGAGGAGGGCAUGGAUUAUGUGGCGUACUACUACGAAAACCUCGCACCGAUGAGUCCAGUCGUAAUUCCAGAUUUCUCUCAUCCAUCCACCCACCGUACAUUGCUCACCGAGGAACCAGUGUUGGCAGUGACGAUCCUCACUAUCGCCUCUAGACACCUCAAGCCCAAGGGCGAUGGCGCCAAUACGCGGGCGUUCUAUAUCCAUGAUCGCCUCUGGGCAUAUCUACGCAGCAUGAUAGAGCGCCUCUUUUGGGGCCAAGAGAAAUUCGACGCAGGGACAUCGGGCAUUGGCCGACCUCGGUCUCUUGACUUGGGUGCUCCAACAUCCAACAAAGGCAGCGUGAAUGGACAAUUGAGAUCACUGGGUACUGUAGAGGCUAUGCUACUUCUUACAGAGUGGCACCCGAGAAACUUGCACUUCCCGCCGGGUGAUGAUGAGAACUCUCUUUUGGAUACAGACCCCCAGACAUAUGCCAAGACCGACAGUAACUUAGACCAAGAUGGGGAACACACUGGAAACAAAGGAAGCGAGGGCAGAGUUGCAUUCCAGAAAUGGCUGGAGCCAGCCUGGCGGUCGGAUCGAAUGUCGUGGAUGCUGCUGAGCACGGCGCAGGCCCUGGCCUUUGAACUUGGCGUCUUCGACCCCAAAGGAGAUCCUAAGGCGGCCAAUGAGUCGCUCGCCGAACAGACGCGAAAACGGCGGUUGCAGCGGUUGAUUCUAGUGUUCAUUACACACAGCAGCGGUCGUCUAGGAAUCCCCUCCAUGCUCCCGUUGCCUCAAUGGGGACAAGAUAUCACGCCGACCUCUGCUGACGCAAAAGAUGCCGAUGCAAACCUCGACCGGAUGCAAGACUGUUGGAUCGGUAUCUCGAAAAUUGUCUAUCAAGCCAAUCAUGUUCUUUUCGCGUCGAGUGGCCAGACGAUGGAAUUGAUCAGAAGCGGGAGAUACCGCGAACAGAUUGAUCGCUUCCAGCCGUAUUUGCGGGAGUUCAGACAGCAGCUGGACAGCGUUAACCUUGCACCAGCCAUGCGCAGCGUCCUCUUGAUUGAGCUUGAGUAUACACGUCUCUACAUCAAUUCUCUCGCUUUGCAAGCGGUCGUCGACCGGUGGACGACAAUGUCCAACGAGUCUGCUCAUACCCAGGGUGCCGGGCCUCAAAGCAGCAACAGCUGGUUCCAGACGUUGAAUGAGCUCUACCGCGUCAACGAGCAUUACAUCCAAGAAGUCAUUGAUUCUUCUCGCAAGAUCCUACAGACAGUCCUGGAUGGUCUUGUCCCCGAAGGCCGUCUAAGACACGCGCCCAUCCGAACCUUUUUCCGUAUUCUGUCCGGCAUGAUUUUUAUCCUGAAGACUUUCACACUAGGUGCCCGAGAAGACGACGUGCGAGUAUCCCUGGACCUGCAGGACCGAACAGUGGAGGCGCUGCGCCAUUAUGUCGUGGAUGACGUGCAUCUCAGCAAUACUGUAGCCCGGCUUCUAGAGCUCCUCACCAGCAGUAUCCGAACGCGCUUUCUGCGGUUCGCACCUCAUGACCGGGGUGUAGAAGACGGCCACGACCGCACCUCGGUCGCCGGCUCCCGCUCACAUUCACCAUCGCGCGAGAACACAGCUCGUCGUGAUGGGCCACACGCACCUUGGUCCGCUACCCAGCAUGAUACAACGUCAGGUGGGGCGGGUCUCGGAUAUGUGGACACCAACGGCGCAAUGGGAUCGGGCCAUGAUCCACUAGCCAGCAUUCCUGCCCAGCCGAUCAACUCGUCCAACCUAAACGUCUCCUUCAUGCCCCCUCCUCCAUCUGUAUACCACAAUUACUAUGACUCGAAUUCGACAUUUCCGGCCAAUGGCCUAGAUAGGUCGUCGCCGAAUCAUGUCCCUUCGUCUCAGCCCAUGGACAGCCACGGCUCUUCCUCCGGCGCGCUUCCGGAUUGGUUUGCGCUGCCUUUAGAUCAAUUCUUCAAUAGCUCCACUGGGGCUGUUGACCAGGGCCUAGGUGGAACUGGACCCAUGCUUGGCGAGUUUGAUAUGCUCGAAGUCCUUCUCAACGAGGGCUAUGACGGAAACCCUAAUGGUGAGGGGGAAACUGGGUUAUCAACCCCGUACCUGUGA